UAUCUGUCUUGGACACAAGAAAAUUAAUAAUUUACCAAAUCCUGUGAGCAGCAAGUCUCGUUGGUUUUUCUUCACCCUCUCCUCUUUCUGCGCUUCUUGCAAUCUUGUACCGAAGACUAACUUUCGUUUGGCAUUUCAAAUUCCAUUGUUACAGAAAAAAUGAAGUAAAAUCAAUCAGAUACAGAUACUGCCUUCCUUAAAUUUCAACUAAAUCUCGAACAAGAUGAGAGGAUCCUCUUCUCCUAGUCCGGUGGAACCCAGGCACCGACUCUCUACUUCAACGGAAGAGACGAACAGAAGAAAAUUCUUGAGAGAUAGAAGUCUUAGAGAUGUUGAAAAGGCUUUCCAGGUUCCAAUUCAAUAUAGGAAUUUGAACUGCAAGAUAGCUACACUGAAAUUUGUGCUGGUUGUUAUUGUAUUGGGAAGUUUAGUCACGCUUUUCCACUCUCCAGUAGUUUAUAUUGCAGAUCAUCCUUCCACCUCUGGAUCUAGUAACUUGAAGGAAAAGUUUAUUUCAUGCAGGCAAAGUCUUGCAGACCUAUGGAUAAAAGAGGAUCCUUCUGCAGAUCCUCGUUACAUAUCAACUGCAGAUGUUGACUGGGACCAGAUUUCAGACUUGAUUGACAGACUAAAUGACAGUAGUGAAUAUCAGGGAAUUGGUUUGUUAAACUUUAAUGAGAGUGAGAUUGAUAAUUGGAAGCAGCUUUUAACCGAUAUUGAGCAUGUUGUCCUACACCUCAACCCUCUAGGACAAAACAUAACUUGGGAAUCCCUUUACCCUGAAUGGAUAGAUGAAGAAGAAGCAUUUGAGGUUCCCACUUGUCCUUCAGUGCCUAAACUUAAAAUUCCUGGAAAACCACGUCUUGAUAUUAUUGCUGUCAAGCUUCCAUGCCCCAAGUCAGGGAAGUGGUCAAGAGAUGUGGCUCGUUUGCAUCUGCAGCUUGCAGCAGCAAGUCUUGCUGCAUCUGCCAAAAGUUAUCAUCCUGUUCGUGUGCUUUUGGUGACUGACUGCUUCCCAGCCCCAAAUCUGUUCACUUGCAAAGAACUGAUUUUGCGAGAAGGGAAUUUAUGGCUGUAUCAACCCAAUCUCAAUAUGUUGCGUGAAAAGCUACAGCUCCCAGUAGGGUCAUGUGAACUCGCAGUUCCUCUCAAGGCUAAAGAGAAUUUUUAUUCAGAAAGAGCACAUAGGGAAGCAUAUGCAACAAUCCUGCACUCUGCACAUGUAUAUGUUUGUGGGGCAAUUGUUGCUGCCCAGAGUAUCCGCAUGGCUGGUUCAACACGGGAUCUUGUGAUACUUGUUGAUGAAACAAUUGGCGAGUAUCAUAGAGGAGGCUUAGAGGCUGCAGGGUGGAAGGUCCAUACAAUCAAGAGAAUCAGGAACCCGAAAGCUGAACAGGAUGCUUACAAUGAAUGGAAUUAUAGUAAAUUUCGUCUCUGGCAGUUGACAGACUACGACAAGAUCAUUUUCAUUGAUGCUGACCUGCUUAUAUUGAGAAAUAUUGAUUUCUUGUUUGAGAUGCCAGAAAUAACUGCUAUAGGGAAUAAUGCUACCCUGUUCAACUCUGGAGUGAUGGUGGUUGAACCUUCAAAUUGUACGUUCCAGCUGUUAAUGGACCACAUCAAUGAGAUUGAGUCAUACAAUGGUGGUGACCAGGGCUAUCUGAAUGAAAUUUUCACAUGGUGGCACCGGAUUCCCAAACACAUGAACUUCUUGAAACACUUCUGGGAAGGGGACGAGGAGGAGAAGAAACAAAUGAAAAUUCGUCUUUUCGGAGCUGAUCCUCCAGUCCUUUAUGUUAUCCACUAUCUGGGUUAUAAACCAUGGCUAUGCUUCCGGGACUAUGACUGCAACUGGAAUGUGGACAUUUUGCAGGAGUUUGCUAGUGAUGUUGCACACAAAACCUGGUGGAAGGUCCAUGAUGCCAUGCCAGAAAACUUACAUAAGUACUGCUUGCUUAGGUCCAAACAGAAAGCAGCAUUGGAGUGGGACCGAAGGCAGGCCGAGAAAGCUAAUUACACAGACGGUCAUUGGAAAAUCAAGAUAAAAGACAAACGUUUAGAAACUUGCUUCGAAGAUUUUUGCUUCUGGGAGAGCAUGUUAUGGCACUGGGGUGAAAAGAAUUGGACAGACAAUGCAACUGUUACUCCAUCACCUCCUCCUCCUGCUAUUACCACCAAAUCUCUUUCAUCUUUGUGAUAGGUUAUUCUUUUCUACUUACAAUUUACAAAUAUAGAUGGCCGCACAGAAUUUUGAGUUAUGUUUUUAGUAACUAUGUCAACAUAUAGAUAGAUAUUGAUGUUAUUAGAAUGUGCAUCUUCAUCUCUUCUGCAAGUUUUCCUGGCUAGCCAAAUGAAGAUACCAUAUACGCUGAGCUAAACUAAUUGCUCCAA